AUGCAAAUAACCGAGACCUAUCCCUUCAGCAUUGACAAUAUUUUGGGAUCUACAUCAAACUGCAAGGGAUACGCGUGUAACUCCGUCACCGCUCCGGUGUAUCCGAAUGCAGCCUGGGAGCAUCUCGUCUACCCGCAGCCCGGCUGCAGCGGUUACCCUGGGUAUUACUCUCCAGCACCGGCGCCGCUCGUCCCGCUGCACCACGCAGCCGUCUACAGCCCCGCUUACCGGUACCCCGGGUAUGCAGGAUAUGCCGCCGGCUGCGGACCAUUCAGCUAUCCUCAAAUCACGGAUCUUGGAGUUGUUCAACAAGAUAAUCUUGAUCCAGAAGCGGCUCCAGCGGUGUCUCUGGUAUCCAGUUCUGAACUCCGCUACUUGUCUCAGAUCAUCAGCUGUCGGAAGCGGCACCGAGCUCGCACGGUAUUCACGGGAAGACAGACCGAGGAAAUGGAGCUUCUUUUCGGCCGCACCGACUAUCCCGCCCCGGCAGAACGGGAUCGCCUGGCCAGGAGAGUCGGGCUAUCAGUGGAGACCAUCCGCGUUUGGUUCAAAAACCGUCGCGCACGCAGAAAGAGACAAGGCUUGAGACCCAAGUCCCGCAACAUAGCGCACAAAACUGCAGAGGAAUCCGACGACGAGGCUUCAGAACCUGGCAAAGAGUUGACGGUUUGA